CUCGCGGUGUUUGGAGAGUGACGGCGGUUGGAAAUGGAGUCGGAGGGGGCGGGGUGCAGCAGAGGGAGCAGAGAUGUUUGGUGGCUUUUUUUUAAUAUAAAAUUAUUUAUUUAAAUAAAAAUGGCCGCCGUGGAGAGCGGACAGGAGAGACUGGAGGAGGGGGAUGAAGGUGAGGAGCGACCUGUUGAACCCCAGCUCUCCACCAGAGACCGCUCUCACACUAAGACCAAGAAGACUCGCAAAGAGCGUCGCCAUGCCGACCGGGGGGCUGAAACAACAUCAGCCACGCCCUCGACAGCUGGGCUGCAGCCACGGACGGGGGCGGAGCCACAGAGCCAGUUUUCAGCGUUAAUGUGCCGUAACACCGGUCAUUGCCAUUACGUGUCCCGCUUCCUGCAGGGGGUGGAUCCAGGAGCAGGCCCCUCAGACCCGGCCUCAGCAGCGGGGUCAGAAUCUGCGGCUGGCAGUGAGUCUGCAGGUUCUCCCAGGCAGCGGCGCUCGAUCAUCCGGGACCGCGGACCUCUGUGGGACGACCCAACGCUGCCCGAAGGCUGGACUCGCAAACUCAAACAGAGGAAGUCGGGACGCUCGGCUGGGAAAUUUGACGUCUACCUGAUCAAUUCGGAAGGAAAAGCCUUUCGCUCCAAGGUGGAACUUAUCGCCUUUUUCCAGAAGGUUGGUGACACGACGACUGAUCCAAAUGAUUUUGAUUUUACUGUCACUGGGCGUGGAAGCCCCUCCCGCCGCGAGAAACGUCCCCCCAUAAAAACAAAGGUGGUGAAACCGCCGGGGCGAGGCCGUGGGCGGCCCAAAGGUAGCGGGAAGAUGCGACAAGCUACAGAGGGCGUGGCCAUGAAGCGUGUGGUUGAAAAAACUCCGGGCAAACUGCUGGUCAAGAUGCCCUUCAGCAAGGCAGAGUCGUCCACUGGCACCACCUCUAUUGCCUCAAAGGUGGCGUCUCCUUCCCUGGUGCCUAAGUCUCGUCCCGGGAGAAAGAGAAAAUUGGAACAGGAACCGCAGCCCCCACCACAGAGCGCCCCAAAGAAACGGGGCAGGAAACCUGCCUCAGCUUCAGCAGCAUCGACAGCUGCCGCAGCAUCCACUUCACCCGCAUCGACCUCCACUAGCCCCACAGCUGGGAGCUACGCUGCAGCAGCCAUCGUGGCUGCUGAGGCCAAACGCAGAGCAGCCAAGGAGUCUUCCACCAAACCUGCUGUCCAGGAAACGGCUCUGCCAAUCAAAAAACGUAAAACAAGAGAAACAUUGGAGGAGAGGGAGAGUGUUCAAACUCCAGCGGCUACGACAACAGACACUGAAAAGAGGGACACCGUAGAGGGGGUGGGUGGGACCAGAGAGGGAACUCAAACCUCAGAAUCUCAGCCCACUUCCUCUGAGCAGAGCCAGAGUCAAAGCCAGAGCCAGCCCACUGCUUCAGGUGAAAGCCAGUCACACAGACACAAGGCCCAUAAAGGGAGAAAGCACCGGGAGAAAACAGCAGCAGAAGGAGGAAGCCAGGAGGGGGAGGUGGGUGAAGAUGUAGGUGAUAAAGGAGGAGAGGUAGGAGGAGGAAGGAGUAGCAUUAGUAGCAGCAGUAGCACUAGCAUUAGCCCAUCUAAAAGCCACAAAAGGAAGGACCGAUCUCCUCACAAACACCACCACCAUCACCCCCACCACCACCAUCAUCAUCGCCACCAACAGUCAUCUUCCUCCACAGUGGAUCAGCCCCCUCCUCCCCCUUCUUCUUCAGCCCCUGGACCCCCAGCACCCUCCAGCCAGUCCAGGCCUGAAACUGAGUCCCAGGCUUUGCCGCCAUUCACCACCCAACAGUCACAGCACAUCCAGCAAGCCCCUUCCAGACCACAGUCCAAAGCUGUGCUUCAGUCUUUGCCUGAACCUCGACAUCCUUCCCCUCAACCACAGCACCAAAUCAAACCCCAUACCCAACAAACCCCCCAGCCCCAAAUCCAGCCUUCAUACCCUGCACCCCUUCAUACCCAGGCACCAUCACAAAAGGCCCAGUCACACCCUGUCAGUUCCUCAGCCCAGCACCCAACCCAGCUUCAGGGUCAGCAUGCCCCACCUCACUCUCACCCUUCCCAGUCCACAUCGACUCUCCAUGUUCAUCCACCACACACAAGGCAUCAACAUCCACAGAGCCAACCCCCCAGAGCUCCCCAACCUGAAACCCUGCCCAGGAACCCGUCUCAACCCCAGAGCCAAAUCAGACAACAGUCUCAAGUUCAGCCCCAACACGCACUGCAGUCUCAACUCCAACCCCAGUCCAGUACCUCAGUUCAACCUCAGACUCAAUCCCAGUCCAGAACCCCUGCCCAAACUCAACCUCAGUCCAGGACCCCCACCUACACACAACAUUCACCCCAGUCCAGGACCCCCACCCAAACUCAAUCUCCAUCCCAGUCCAGGAACCCCACCCAAACUCAAUCUCCAUCCCAGUCCAGAACCCCUACCCAAACUCAGUCGUCAUCCCAAUCCAGAACCCCUACCCAAACUCAACCUCCAUCCCAGUCUAGAACCCCCACCCAUAUUCAGUCUCUAUCACAAUCUAGAACCCUAGCCCAAACCCAACCUCCAUCCCAGUCCAGAACCCCUACCCCAACACAAUCUCCAUCUCAGUUCAGAACCAUGGCCCACACUCAACCUCAAUCCCAGUCCAGAACUUCACUACAACUUCAGGCUCAAUCCCAGUCCAGAAACCUGGGUCAAACUCAACCCCAGUCGAGAAUCCCUGCCCACACUCAACCCCAGUGCAGGACCCCAGCCCAAAUUCCACCUCAGUCCAGAACCCCAGCUCAAACUCAACCCCAGUCAAGGACUUCCACUCAAACUCAACCUCAACUCCAAUCCAGAACCCCUACCCAUACUCAACUUCAACCCCAGUCCAGAACCCCCACCCAAGCUCAACCUCAACCCCAGUCCAGAACUCCCAACCAAGCUCAACCUCAACCCCAGUCCAGAACUCCCACCCACACUCAACCUCAAUCUCAGUACAGACAUCAAGUUCAGUCUCAACUACAGACAAGGUACCUUUCACAUGACCAACUCCAAAGUCAGUACAGACCACAACCCAGACAGUCAAGGCCAAACCAACCCCUGUCGCAGUCCCAAGCACAACCUCACUUUCAGCAGAUUCAACCCCAGCCCCACCCUCAGCCCAGUAGACCUCACAUGCAGCACCUCGCAUCCCACCGGCCUCCUUCCAGCCAAACUAGGACCAACCCGAUCUCUGUUCAACAGAACCAGGGUGAACAACCUCAAGACUUGAGCACUGCACGGCCAGGUCGAGGUCUGCCGCCAAUUCGAGAAGUCAGCGUGGAAGACGCCCGGGUGGAGGGAAGAGGUGAUGUGGACAUGGCACCAGACAACGGAGAGUCAAACAGCACCUCCAGACCUCCCAACUCUGGACCCUCUGGACCUCCCACAGUGGUGGGGGCCGGGGUCAGUGUUGUCCCAGGGUCAGAUGGUCGGGCCAGGCUUCGGGCGGAGCCAGAGGCUGCAGGCGAGGGCAGGGAGCUCAGAGAUAUCGUCCCACAGUCCGCAGUCCCGCGCCCUAGCCGAGAGGAGACCGUGGAGUCGCGGACUGCUGUCAGUGAGAGAGUCAGCUGAUUGGUCGGACCAUGAACUGGCUGACCGAUACGUAGACAGGUGGACAGUGUGAAAGGAGCGUGAACGGGCUGUUCCCGGAGGUUUUACACUGUUUUCAGAUCGGACAGAGCUGGUCAGAACUGUUGCAGCGUCUGCUCCGUAUGAUUCUGUCUGGAGACUCUGUAAAGUUCUGAAAUAGAGAACCGACUCUGUCAGACGGAGGAGAGAUCAUGUCUUUUUCUAGAAAAAACAAAACAAAGAAAGACAGGAAAAAAGACAAAAACGUGUGUUUGUGUAUAUAAUCAAAAGGCAGCUGUUGUGUCCCGCUAGUCUCCGUGGGGGAGGGGGGGGGGGGUUAGUAUUAAAACUAAAAACCAACGCUUAACAACACAUUACUCUGAACGAAAUGUUGCUUCCGGAAAAUAUAACCUGAUCUGUUUUUUAUUUCGUAUUUUGAUAGUUUAUUGUUUUGUCUUUGUUAUACAGCUUUAAAGUGAUAUUAUUGACUGACAGUCCCUUAUUUAAAGUCCUGCUAAUAACUGACUAUAAAUGUCCUCCUGUUGACUGACGGUCCCUUACUGAAACCAGUUCCUUACUGAAACCAGUCCUUGACUGAAAGCCUCAGAGGUGAUGUGGGGCAGCGGUUCGCACCUUAAACUGGUUUCGGAAAUAUCUCACCUUUUCUUUUUCUUGAUUGUUUUCCCUCAAUAAACAAAAAAUGUAUGUUUUCGUCCACCUCUAGACAGACUGCCCCCGACAGGUAGUCCCUCAGAGGUCUAUCACAUUCAUGACCUAUCUCUGAACUGUAAAGGCUCAUUUGUGCUCGGCGUUGAAGCUGGAUGACCACAACAUACCAGGAACUAUUUGAGGACAGAUUUUGUGAGUUUGUAAAAAACUCCCAGAGCCUUUUUCUUUCAGCCUUCAUCACCAUUUUUGUUGUGAGAAACACUUGUCUCGCUGCUGCCCCCUAGUGCAGCGUUUCCUAAAUCUGUGUGGGCCCACUUUUUAAAGAUGGCAAACUAUCGUGACCCAAAGACACAUUUCAAAGUGAUGUUUGGUAAAUGAUCAAAAGAUAUGCACACAUAUGCACAUUCAUCUUAACAAAAAAGCCUCCUGUGACCCAUUUGAGGCCCCGACCCAGUGUGUAAGAAUCACUGCCCUAGUGGCUGGGAUAAAAAUGGCAACAUACGUUUCUCUUUUUGAACAUAAACGCAGCACAAAUGAGCCUUUACCUUUUAUUAACAUAAAUAUUUGUCAAACUGUUGGUUCGACACUGAAACAGAUGUUUGUUUUGUUUGUUUUUGAGGAGAAAUAUGCGACUUUUUUUUUCACGUCUGUUCUUCCAGCGCAGAGAUUCUUCGUACAGGGUCUUCGAUCGAUUUUAAGUCUUUUCUGUUUCCAGAGGAAGUUUUUUAAUGUCGGAACAGAAUCCUCGUUUAUUUUAAACGACUCUUCACUUUAUCUCUUGGUUUAACGUCUGGAACAGUUCACACCUGAAUCUUCUGUCACUCAGACCCUGCAGACGUUCACCUGGAGACACACGUACGCAGAAGUUCACCACGCCCAGGUUUACCAUCACACACAGGAGGUUAGAGGAGAAAUGCAUCAUGGGACACCGCAAAAAAAACAGUGGGGAAACCGUUGUCAUGGUGACGCCAACAUGAUGUUGUGAUGCGUUCACAAAGAGCAACAGAUUGUUUACUGAUUGUUUACUUACAAUAGUAACACGAGUAUAAACAACCCGCGACUCCUCUCCUAGGGCUAAUGCUAAGCUAACUACUGUUACAGUAAAUCUUGUAUCGCUUAAAACAAGAAACAGAUGGAAGAAUGCGCUUCCCUCUAGUGGACGUUUUCACCACAGCAGACACAUAGAAGAACAUGGUCACAUCGUUUAAGACAGAUGUUUCGACGUCAGAAAAAGUCUUGUCAUGUUCCUGAUGUCGCAGUACAACCAUGGUUCUAUAAGAACUGUAUAUACCAGGCUAUGUGAUCAGGAAGUUAGCUUGUGGUUAGUUAAGAUCGCGGCUACGUCGUAGAUCGUAAAUCUGCACUGACGAGUUUGUUUGUCGUGAGAAUUACACGUCGCGCUAGUUUCAUAAAAAAAAUAAAAAAACACUGCAGUAAACAAAUGGAUACAUGAUUUACGUGGCGGCCAUGUCGCGUCCACACUCAUGAACCUGUUUUCAUCAUGGAUUUUAAGACACGCCUCCUUCACUCACCUGAUGAUGUCACAUGGAGACCUGAGGCUCCGCCCUCUGCGUACGUGUGGCUCCGCCUGUUGCCCCUGUGAUCGGACUCGCUCCAUGACUCAGUGACUCAGUGACCAGCCACCAUGUUGCAUGUUCCAGAGUUUAGUGCCUAUAAUCGUGUGCGUCUUGCCGGCAGCCAUGUUGUGUUUUUAGACGUAGUGAUGAUGACGAUGAUGAAGAUGAUGAUGAUGAUGAUGAAUAUUCUGCUCAAUAAUACACUGUCGCUGUAGACGCUACUAGUUUUUACUGUUUCUUAUUUUUCUUUCUAACUAAAGCGUUUGUGUCCCUGA